AUGGCAGCCCUCACAAAGCUGCACCACCAGGGCCGAAGCACGUCUCCGCAUGCACGCGGAGGGUGCACGCGGACGCAGCGCGAGCACUUGGGCAUAGACUGCGCAGGCGCCACGCUGGCGCCAGGAGGGCCGGGCGAGCACCCGGAGCGAGGUGAGCUCGGGGUGCGCAACUGGGAGGCAGGGCUCCCAGCACGGGCAGACGCCGCCACCACUACGAGGCUUCAGAGACAGACUUCCGUGACUGCUAAACUGCCGCUUAAUAUGAUGUCAAGAAAUAUUUUGGUGGCAUCUACCUGUAAAAUGACAGAGCCAUUUAAUUUUGAGAAAAAUGAAAGCAAGCUUCCAUCACACGAGUCUUUAAGAAGUCCUGGAGGACAUCCUAACCAUCCUAAUUUCAGGUUGAAAAGCCCAGAAAAUGGAAAUAAAAAGAACAAUUUUUUGCUUUGUGAGCAAACCAAACAGUUUUUGGCUAGUCAGGAAGACAGUUCACUAUCUUCACACCCUAAAGGUGUCAGUGGAGAAAUGGCUGGAUCCAAGGAAGAAACGCAGACAAUGCCGACAGGUAACUCUGUGUCACCAUUAAAUGUUGGAAAUUCACCACCCAAAGAAGUAAAUAGUAAGCCUAGCAAUCAUGUGCCUCCUGCAAAGUCAAAGAGAGUACACAAGUUGGUUGAGAAUUCCUUGUCCGUAAAUAAUCCAGCACUCUUCAGCUCCCUAGGACCUCCUCUUCGGUCAACAACUUGCCAUCGCUGCGGUCUGUUCGGGUCGCUGAGGUGCUCACAGUGCAAGCAGACAUACUACUGCUCCAACAUAUGCCAGAGAAGGGACUGGGCAGCCCACAAAAUCGUGUGCAGACCUGUCCAGCAAAAUUUCCACAAACUUGAAGAUUAUAAAUCACCUUUUGAAACAAAGAACGUGGAAGUGAAAGAUGAGAGUGACUGUCCUCUCACAGUUACUAAAGAAAGAGCUAUUUGUGCUGAUAAAAUAAUGUUUUCUGAUUUGAGAAGCCUACAACUCAGGAAGACCAUGGAAAUAAAGGGUACAGUUACUGAAUUCAAACACCCAGGUGACUUCUAUGUGCAGUUAUAUUCUUCAGAAGUUUUAGAAUACAUGAACCAACUCUCUGCGAGCUUAAAGGAAACGUAUGCAAAUAAGGCACACGAAGAAGAUUAUGUUCCUGUGAAGGGGGAGAUUUGUGUUGCCAAGUAUACUGUUGAUCAGACCUGGAACAGAGUAAUAAUUCAAGAUGUUGAUCUGCUGCAGAAGGUGGCACAAGUCUUAUAUAUUGAUUAUGGAAAUGAAGAAAUAAUCCCAGUAAACAGAAUUCACCAAUUAAACAGGAAAAUUGACUUGUUUCCGCCUUGUGCCAUAAGAUGCUUUGUGGCCAGUGUUAUCCCGGCAGAGGGGAAUUGGAGCAAUGAUUGUAUCAAAACUAUUAAAUCGCUGUUAAUGGAGCAGUACUGCUCUUUAAAGAUAGUGGACAUCUUAAAAGAGGAAGGGGUUACCUUUGCUGUGGAUGUUAUGAUGACAAGUUCAGGAAAAUUCUUAGACCGCGUGCUUAUAGAAAUGGGAUAUGGUUUGAAACCUAAGGGACAGAAUUCUAAGAAGCAAAGUACAGAUUCAGGUGAUCUUGAAGAUGUCAGAAAAAUGACCGCUGAAAACAAAAUUGUCGUGGACAGAAGUGACCUCAUCCCCAAAGUGUUGACUCUGAAUGUAGGGGAUGAGUUUUGUGGUGUGGUCGCCCACAUUCAGACUCCAGAAGACUUCUUUUGUCAACAGCUACAAAGUGGGCGUAAGCUUGCUGAGCUUCAGAGGUCGCUCGGCGAGUACUGCAGCCAAGUACCUCCACGCUCGAAUUUCUAUCCCACUAUUGGUGACAUCUGCUGUGCUCAGUUCUCUGAGGAUGACCAGUGGUACCGUGCCUCUGUGCUGGCUUAUGCUUCUGAGGAGUCUGUACUGGUCGGAUAUGUGGACUAUGGAAACUUUGAGAUCCUUAGCUUGACAAGACUUUGCCCCAUAACUCCCAAGUUGCUGGAGUUGCCAAUGCAAGCUAUAAAAUGUGUGCUGGCAGGAGUAAAGCCAUCAUUAGGAAUUUGGACUCCAGAAGCUGUUUGUCUGAUGAAGAAAAUUGUACAGAACAAGAUGAUCACAGUGAAUGUGGUGGACAAGUUGGAAAACAGUUCCCUGGUGGAACUUAUAGAUCGAUCUGUGACGCCCCACAUCAGUGUCACCAAAGCACUCCUCAAGGCAGGCUUUGCCGUGGAGGACGAGGGGCUAGUGACAGAUAAGCCCAGUGAUGUGAAAGAAGCCAGUGUUUCCUUGGGUAUAGAAGCAAAAGUCAAUCCACCGGAGUGGACAUGGGUUGAACUUGCUGUUGAUCAAACAGUAGAUGUUGUGGUCUGUGUGAUUGAUAGUCCUGGAGAAUUUUACUGCCAUGUGCUUAAAGGGGAUGAUGCCCUAAAGGAACUCAAUGAUUUGAACAACUUACUAGCAGAAUAUUGCCAGCAGAAGUUGCCUAAUGAUUUUAAGGCAGAAAUAGGGCAACCUUGUUGUGCUUUCUUUGUAGGUGACAGUAAUUGGUACCGUGCUUUGGUCAAGGAAAUCUUACCAAAUGGAAACUUUAAAGUACAUUUUGUAGAUUAUGGAAACACUGAAGAAGUCACUGCAGAUGAACUUCAAAUGAUCCCAUCCAAGUUUUUAAAACUUCCAUUUCAAGGGAUACAGUGCUGGUUAGUAGGUAUACAGCCUAGAAACAAACACUGGAGUAAAGAAGCCAUAGCAAGAUUUCAGACGUGUGUUGCCAGGAUAAAACUCCAAGCUCAAGUGGUUGAAAUCACUGAAAACGGAGUGGGGAUUGAACUCACUGAUCUCUCCACUUCUUAUCCCAGAAUCAUUAGCGAUAUUCUGAUUGAUGAACAAUUGGUAUUAAAAGCUGGUUCACCACAUAUAGACUUAGUGAAAACCAGACCUGUUGAUAAGCAUGACCUUCAGAUUGAUACCCUGGGGCUUCAAGCCAUCUCUUCAGCUAAUCAGUGGAGUACAAUAGAGUUGCCAGUUAAUAAAACUGUACAAGCAUGCAUUUUAGAAAUCGCAAAUCCAAACUUGUUUUAUGCUCUACCAAAUGAAAUGGCAGAAGAUCAGGAAAAACUGAGUGUAUUGACGGCCAAAUUGUCAGAAUAUUGCAGUGUUCAGAAAAGCCGAUCGCCCUAUACACCGAAAAUUGGAGAUGCGUGUUGUGCCAGAUACACAAGUGAUGAUUGCUGGUACCGUGCCAUUGUGCUGGGGACAUCAGAUGCCAAUGUGAAAGUGCUCUAUGCGGACUAUGGAAACAUUGAAACUCUGCCUCUCUGCAGAGUGCAACCCAUCUCUGCCAGCCACCUGGAGCUUCCUUUCCAAGUUAUCAGAUGUUCCCUUGAUGGGCUAAUGGAAUUGAAUGGAAGAUGUUCUCACCUAAUGAUAGAGCUACUGAAGAAUUUCAUGUUGAAUCAGAAUGUAAUGAUUUGUGUAAAAGGAGUUAUCAAGAAUGUUCACACGGUGUCAGUUGAGAAGUGUUCCGAGAAUGGUACUAUCAAUAUAGCUGACAAGCUGGUGAUGUAUGGUCUGGCAAAAAACAUCACAUCUAAAAACCCAAGUGCUCUAAAUAAAGAAACGGCAAACAGGAUGAACUGCUGCUGCGCGAAGCUACAGAAACAAGUUGAAAAGCAUGAGCAAAUUCUUCUCUUCCUUUUAAACAAUCCAACCAAUCAAAAUAAAUUUAUUGAAAUGAAAAAAUUGUUAAAAAAAACAGCCUCUCUUGAAGAUCAACUCUUAUGAGACUGGAAACAGAGAAGGCUAGAUUUAGGAGAGAAAGUACCGCAUCUUGUGUUUUUGUUUAUUGGAAACUUUUUCUUUAAUGACCUUUUAUGUCUGCAUUUUUGUUUGCUUACCAUUCUUCUGUCUAGGUUGGGUAGGUGUUUUUUUUCCCCCUCUAAAUGCAUCCUCUCAGUAAGUCUCGCAUGAAAGUACAUGGGAGCAUCAGGAAGGGAUGCAUAAGGGAUACUGUCUAGUCUGCAUAGAGCUUUUUAGUACUUAAAGAUGCUGAAGAAAAUAUGGCUCCAGGUUAAUACUGCGUCAUUUGAGUUGUUGGACACACAAGUUUUAUUUUUUGGACUUCUCUCUGUAUGUUUGACGUGUUUCAUAAUAAAAUACACCCUGCUCUCCCUGUCACAGCCUGCCUUUUCCACAUAAUACAAGCUGUCUGGUUUGUUGUUGAUGGGUCCCUGCCCUUCUUUUCCUGUCCACUCUGAGGUCAUCAGUUUCUCUCUCCCCAUCCUCACUCAGAUCACUUUUGUUUCAGCCCUUGGGCACAGUCUGCCCUUGGGCUCUCACCCACUCUGACCAGGAAGGCACUUUCUGCUCCUGCCGUCUGUAGGUACCUUUCCAAAUCUGUGGCCACUUGGAUUUUUAGUGUAGUGGAAUUUACAUUUUCUGAAGCACAGAUUCCUGGAGCACAGUUAACAGCUUAAUGUAAAAAGCCAAGUUAGAGUAUAUAUUUUUCUUGAAGCACAUAAAGACAUCUUAAACUCUGUAAACUCACAUGUGUGGAAUUAUGGGCGAGCCAGUCUUCCUGCCAGCCCAGAAGUUUCUGUUUGGGAAUUUUUCCACGAUUUAAGUAUCAGACUGUGAAAGCCUAAGAAGAUGUCACCAACUCAAAGAAAAAACUUGACUUUGUUUUUUUUGUUUGUUUGUUUGUUCUUUUAAAAUGUACCUUUGCUGGUAAUGUGUGUCAGCUAGAUUAAGUGGAGUUUCACCUCAUGUAAAAAGUUGUUUAAACAUUGAUAUGCUUCUAUUAGAUAAAAAUUUAAGCUGCUGUGCCCAAUAAAAUCCUUUUACUUCACA